AUGCUGGACGGCCUGAAGAUGGAGGAGAACUUCCAAAGCGCCAUCGAGACGUCGGCCUCCUUCUCUUCGCUGCUUGGCAGAGCGGUGAGCCCCAAGUCUGUCUGCGAGGGCUGUCAACGGGUCAUCUCGGACAGGUUUCUGCUGCGGCUCAACGACAGCUUCUGGCAUGAGCAGUGCGUGCAGUGUGCUUCUUGCAAAGAGCCCCUGGAGACCACCUGCUUCUACCGGGACAAGAAGCUUUACUGCAAGUAUGACUACGAGAAGUUGUUUGCUGUCAAAUGUGGGGGCUGCUUCGAGGCCAUCACGCCCAAUGAGUUUGUUAUGCGGGCCCAGAAGAGCGUGUACCAUCUGAGCUGCUUCUGCUGCUGUGUCUGCGAGCGGCAGCUCCAGAAGGGCGAUGAGUUUGUCCUGAAGGAGGGGCAGCUGCUCUGCAAAGGGGACUAUGAGAAGGAGCGGGAGCUGCUCAGUCUGGUGAGCCCUGCAGCGUCAGACUCAGGCAAAAGUGAUGAUGAAGACCGUCUGUGCAAGUCAGCCCACGGGGCAGGGAAAGGCGCCGCUGAGGACGGCAAGGACCAUAAACGCCCCAAACGUCCCAGAACCAUCUUGACAACCCAACAGAGGAGAGCAUUCAAGGCCUCGUUUGAAGUAUCCUCCAAGCCGUGCAGGAAGGUGAGGGAGACCCUGGCUGCAGAGACAGGGCUGAGCGUCCGUGUCGUUCAGGUGUGGUUCCAGAACCAGAGAGCUAAGAUGAAGAAGCUGGCCCGGCGGCAGCAGCAGCAGCAGCAGGAUCAGCAGAACACCCAGAGGCUGAGCUCCGCUCAGACCAACGGUGGCGGGAGCACUGGAAUGGAAGGGAUCAUGAACCCCUACACGGCCCUGCCCACCGCACAGCAGCUCCUGGCCAUCGAGCAGAGCGUCUACAGCUCUGAUCCCUUCCGACAGGGUCUCACCCCACCCCAGAUGCCUGGAGACCACAUGCACCCCUAUGGUGCUGAGCCCCUUUUCCACGACUUGGAUAGUGAUGACACCUCCCUCAGUAACCUGGGUGACUGUUUCCUAGCAACCUCAGAAGCUGGGCCCCUGCAGUCCAGAGUGGGAAACCCCAUUGACCACCUGUACUCCAUGCAGAAUUCUUACUUCACCUCUUGA